AUGGUCGCCGCAGAUUAUGCCUAUGACAUCGACGAUUUCAAUGUAAAGUUGUGGUCGAUGAUUUACGUACCUCCGGGUGCCGCGGCAAAGUUCAACCACGUCGCGUCACUGAACAUCAUCAUCUGCUUCGUCUGCAUUGCCAUGUUCCAGGUUUUGUCUCGAUUCAACAAAAAACAAUGCUCUGUGUACGACGUCAUCGGCGUGGCCGAGACGAGACGACGCCAGCCUUUCAACGCCAUCUGUGACAUCGGAGAAGAACCAUUUCCUGGAACAUGCGACAGUAGAGGAGUCUGCGGCGUCGGCGUUCUCGUCAACACCAGUUUGUCCAUGAACAUCGAUGAUGCCCGAAAGCCACCAUAA